AAACGUCAAACACCAACACCAAAAACUAUCAAAACAAAUUAUAAUUUUAAUUGUUAAUAUUUUCAAUCGAUUCGCAGUAUAAGAAAGCCAAGCGGACUUUUGUUAAAACCACUUCAUUUCUCUUGACAGCAGGUGAUGGCCGCUGUACGAGCGGCAGCGGAGGUGCGCUUGGGCGCGGGCGCGGCGCGCAUGGCGGCGUGGCGCGCGCAUUCAUACGCCGCGGACGAGGAGGGCGCGGCCGCCGCGCUGCGACUCGACGCGGCGCGCCGCCCCGUGCGCCGCGCGCCUGAUCAACUGCUCGUACGAGUGCAUGCGUCUUCUAUAAACCCUAUUGAUCUCGCAAUGAUUCGUGGUUACGGCUCUUGCGUGCUAAACGCGUGGCGCGCGCUCGAAGGAAGCGAGGGAUUGGAGUUCCCGCUAACGCCGGGGCGUGACUUCGUGGGGACGGUGGCGGGCGCCGCGCCGGGCGCCGCGCUCGCCCCGGGUGCCCGCGUGUGGGGCGUGCUGCCGCCGCACAGAGUAGGGGCGCACGCGGAGUACGUGCUCACGAAAAGUUCUUGGGUGGGCCUAGCACCAGAAAACCUAGACGACCUCCAAGCUGGCGGCGCUCUGUACGGAGCGCUAACCGCAUGCGCGGCGCUGCGGGUGGGGGGGCUAGCACCGGGCGGGGAGGGGGGGAAGCGGGUCCUCGUACUAGGGAUGGGCGGCGUUGGACACGCGGCCGUACAGCUGCUAGUGAGGGACAGACAUCAUGUGGUGGUGAGCUGUGCCAGCGAGCAGGCAGAAGCAGCACGUGCUCUGGGGGCGGAGCCCCUCGACCGUCGCCAGGAGGAUUAUGCUGACCGCCUACAACAGGCUGGCCCGUUCGACGUGGUGAUAGACUGCGCAGGGCAGGGCGGUGCGGGCGCCGCGCAGCUUCCUUGCUCAUUCGGCGCGUACGUCACACUGACGUCGCCUCUACUGCGCAGGACGGACGCCAACGGGCUGCUGCCAGGCACCGUGGCGGCUGCCGCUGACCUGAUACAGCAGAACUUAGCCGUCAGACAUCCCGUGCGCUGGGCGUUCUUCUCGCCGCGCGCGGACGACAUGGAACUGUUGCGCCGCCGCGCCGAACGGGAACAGUUCUCUGUGGCCGUGGAGCAAGUAUGGAGCUGGCGCGACGCGUGCGCGGCGUACGCGCGCGCGGCGCACGGGCACGCGCGCGGCAAGCUGCUGCUACACUUUGCCGCGCCGUAACCGCUUCACGACUUCACGAGGCGACACGACAUUCAUUAUCGCUGAACUGCCCUGUAAGGGUGCCAAAAUUUGCAGCUAGGGUUGCCAGAUACAAAUUUUGAAUUUCCUGACAGAAUUCCUGAUUUGCGAAACUUUUUUCUGAAGCUCCGGGGGGGUGUUGUCUAGCCGUACCGAGGGGACGAUUUCAACUUAAGUUAAGAUAUUAUGUGAAUGAUUAUGUUAAGUUGAUUUAAUUUGUUUGAGUUUUUAAAAAGGUACAUUAUGAAAAAGUCUAUUAGUACUUCAUUCAAAUUCCUGACAUUUUCGUAUUCCGGCCGCAUUUCUGACAAACGAUUCCUGGUCAGGAAAAUUCCUGACGUCUGGUAACCCUACUCGUAACGCCACGCUGACGAGACGCUCACACCUACGCCUCGUGUGUUGAAGGCCUUAUGUUACGCCCUAAUGAGGGCUAACGCGUAUGAAUUCACCGCUAGGGGCGCUAGUGUGGAUGGUGGUCUUCGCAAAGUUCGAAAUGUCAAAUGUCACUUGACUUCAGUGACUGACAGCUGUUCUUUUUUUUUUUUUUUUUUAUUAAUGGCAUCGCGCUCCUAGCGCUUUCAGCCAAACGAGUAAAACGGGGAAACGGAAUUAAAGGAUUACAUUAUAACGGAUAAGACGGAAUUUUGGAUGGAUCAGGGAAAGGUAAAGUAUAAAUUAAAGUUUUAUAUUAUGACGUGAUAGGAAUGAAUAUAAUAAGUCUUUUGGACCACCAUCAACAGAGGCGCCAACUGUUGAGCAAAAAAACGAUAGCCCUCAUUACGGGCCCACCAGUCACGUCAACCCUUAAUGAAACGUCAAAUAUGUGUGUAAGAGCGUUUUCACAUUCUCCGAUCCGAUAUCGGAUGUAGGAUCCGACAUCCGCGUAGUCAGGCCGCGGGGGCGCGCCCGGACGCCGUCUUUAGCGGUCACGCAUACUACAACAAGCAUUAUGCCUACACAUACGCACACAAACUAAUAUUAUCGGUCCGACAGCUAACGAGGGGCUCCGACAUGGCUGAAUUUAUCGAAAGCGCCUUUCCGAUAUCGGAUGUCGGAAGGCGCCUAUGACAAAAACAGCUGCAGGAGAGUGCCAUUGGUAUUAAGUCCGCCUUUUUUGCGUUAUUUAUCGUUUUUAGGGUUCCGUACCCAAAGGGUAAAAACGGGACCCUAUUGCUAAGACUCCGCUGUCCGUCUGUCACCAGGCUGUAUCUCAUCAGCCGUGAUAGCUAGACAGUUGAAAUUUUUCACAGAUGAUGUAUUUCUGUUGCCGCUAUAACAACAAAUACUAAAAAAUACGGAACCCUCGGUGGGCAAGUCCGACUCGCACUUGGCCGGUUUUU